GCCCAUCCAGUGGCCAUCGCUACAGUCGCAACAACGCUAGCUAAGCGCUUUGGCCAAAGUCGGAAGUGAAUCCGCCCCGUCUCCUUAUGACUAUUUAAAUCUCGUCCCGACCGCCGGGAAACGCCGCACGGAACGCGAACUUGUCCCCCGGGAUGUGCUCUGUCUUUGGGUGUGACUCGGGGCCUCGCGGUGCUCCGCGGUUCAAGUUACCGGAGGACCCGGAAAUGAGACUCUUGUGGGUCCAGUUUCUCGCUGCAGUCAAUAAGCAGCGAUUCAAAGAAGCGUCCUGGACGGACAUCACUAUUUGUAGCGAACACUUUAGAGAGGACUGCUUUGACCACCGGACCGCGACGCAGCCAGGUGUGAUGAACCCCAGUGCGGUGCCGUCCCGGUGCCUCCGGUCCGGAGACACUGAGACGGAUCCGCAGAGCCCUGCAUGUGCGGAGCCUGAGGAAACCACAGAAGUUGCUUGUCUCCGUGAUCAACUUAAAACAUGUGAUGGCCCUACUGCCUUUUCUGAAGAGUCAAUGGCCUUCCAGAUAAGCCCGACCCCAAGAGGCGUCUCCUGUUCCAACACGUCUGCAUCUCCAUCCAGCCAGAUGCAACCAGAACAUAUGGACUUUGAUUUGAUCCGAGAAAAAGCUGCUCUCCUGCAAAUGAAAGGGAAGUAUGUGGUGAAUGAAGCGCGUCUCCUCCAGUUGUUUUGCCACACGUGCCCGUCAUGUGGGUCCCAAGUGAAGAUGGAGAAGGUCACCUGUGGGUUGCUCAUUGUCUUGAACCAGCGGUGCCUUCAGUGUGAUUACAGGAGCCAGUGGAGAAGCCAAGUUAAUGCCAGUGUCCCAGCAGCUGAAGAUCAACACCUGCCAGAAGCAACUCCAGCUUUACUGCAAAUCAAUGCCGUGCCCUCUGGAGUCACAUGGCCCCAUGAGGUUGUUGCUGUUGAUGAGCAGAGUGAGCCAGUCGACGAAUCAAGUGAUCAGGGGGACGAGGAUUGGAAGCCUGUCAAUGGCUCUGCUCAUGCAAGAGGGCUGGUAACCAAACCUGAAGAGCAACCCGAAGAUGGCGAUGAAGACGAAGAAGACGACGACAACGACGAGGAAGACGAAGAUGAUGAAGAAUAUGGUGAUUAUCCUCCACUUCCGGUCAAACACAGUCGGCUCUGCACAGACUGCGGGGUGCUUUACAACAAACGGAGGCCUCACACGUGUGAGCACAAGGUUAAACCCUAUCCUUGCAACAUCUGUGGGAAGAGAUGUGUUAGCGGGAAAGCCUUGAUCACCCACAGCAGAAUCCACGACGAAAACUAUGAGUAUCAGUGCAAAUACUGUCAGCUUACAUUCAAAACAAAGGUGGACAAAAUCACCCACGAGCACGUCCACGUGAUUCAAGGGAAACCCUAUAAAUGUCCCGACUGCCCAGAAACCUUUGCCACAAAUAAGGAACGUAGAAUCCACCUGGAGGAUCACAGAGGCCCCCAACGGUUAAGGUGUCACAUCUGUGGGCUCGACUUCCUGUGGCCGCUUUCCCUCCAGAGACACUUGUCCGUGCACACGGGAGAGAGGCCGUUCGAGUGCUCGGUGUGCCAACGGGGCUUCAAGCAGGCAGGCCACCUCAAGUCACACAUGCGCCUGCACACAGGGGAGAGGCCGUUUAAGUGUCCGCAUUGUGAGAAAUGCUUCAACCACAACGUGAGCUUGAAGAGUCACGUCCAGCGGUACCACCCGCCAGGUUCCGGGCGGCUGCAGACGAAAGGAAAGGGGAACCAAAGGGAGAGUGACACCAGUGACGCUCGGGAUAACGGAAACAAAAGAGGUGCAGAAUCGGGGCCCGACAAUGGGGAGGACGAGCAAGACACGGAGGAGGAGGCGCACAGGGAGAUGACCGGUAGACCUAAGAAGAAAAGCACGGGUAGACCCAUCGGAAGGCCUAAGCGCCAUGAAUCGGGCGACUUGGUGGAAGGCCGGCGUUCAAGCUCCAAGUCCGGAAAACGCCAAGCGCAGGAGUCAAAGAGAACACGGUGCAGAGAUGAGGAAAGUGAGUCCAAGCCUACUGACAGUGGCACGUCUUGUGAUUCGGCAGCGGGGGAGGAGGAGGAGGAGGAGAAAGAGGAGAGCAGCAAGGCAGCGAUGAAGAACACAGCAAAGUCAAAGGGAAGGCCAAACAAAUCUGAGAUUGACUGUGAUUUUGACAAAAGAAAGAAAAAGCGGUGCGGCAGUCACAGCUGUGGUAAAAGCACAGUGAAACGAAAAAAAACUUAAAGAGGACUCUUAGAACAAACUGAGUGAAUGCAUGAAUUUGUUUUAAAGGACAAUGCAAAGAAGGAGCCACAUCCGGUGGAUAUUAGACUGAUUUCAUGAAGCCACGGUAUGUACACCUAGGCUAGAGUAUGAUCACCUUCUAGUGUUAAAAGGGGCAGAAAUGCCGAACAACUGACACUUCUUCCAUGUGGCAAGCAUGCAGUAAAACAACAUUUUACUACAUGCAACGUAUGUACUUACUUACGUACUUACUGCAAUGCAGAAAAAAAAGCUAACCAAUAAUGUCUCUGGUUUUGUCCAUCUGGGCUACUGUAGAAACAUGGUGGCCAAGAAGAGGACACGCUAUGUAUGUACAAACAGCUCCUAUAAGAUAAUACACACAUAACAUCUCAGGGUACUUUGCACUCAAAAUAAAAAACUAAAAUUGUACUCCCAUUUUUAAAAUUGAUCCCAUAAAUUCUACACGUUGUACCAUUAUUUUUUAGAGAAGCUAUCGCUUAUUUACCUUUAAAAAGCCUAAAGAACUUACCUGGUCACAGUGGAUAAAAGCAUAUUAAACUUCCAAUACUUAAAAUACAGUCAUAUGUAAUAAUGAUUGAUCUAAUAACAGUUUGAAAGUCAGGCUCACAUGCUGUGUAGAGGAGAAUUAAAUUAAAUCGAUGUCCAACAGGUCGUAUUUUGUGAUGAUUUGCGACAUAAUUGAACUUAAGUAGUAGUAAUCAUUGUUGAUUAUAUGUUUUUGUCACACAGAAUGAGCCACGUUUUACUGUUCAACGUCUUGUUGGCAACAGAAUAUAACUAAAACAAUACAUCAAAAAUUUCACAUGCUACCAUUGAACAUUUAUUCAGGUAAAGUCGGUGCGUAGUAAUGUGGGUGCACGUUCCCCAAUCCCGCGUGCUCCCGCGGCCAAGCGAAACACUUCCUAUGUCAGAGUAACCAUAGAUAUACUGCAUAUGUGUGAGAGUAACUCGCUCUCUAUAGCAUGGGAAACAAGCCGGGCAACUCCUGACAUCAAACCACGCGAACCCCACCAUCAAACCCCGCCCAUUCCAUCCGCCAGCGGAGGGCUAGCCGCUCGCUUCUGACUGACUCGCGUAGGUCGCGUGUUACCGGAGAGGAGGCUCGAGUGGGUUCAGUUGCUUCUUAAAAUCAACGGGAUACAAUUUCAAGAAUCGUCUUGUACUGAUACGACCAUUUGGACGAAACAAUUUAAUAAAAGAGCCGGUCCAGACAUUUGUGCGUCAGAACCAGACCCACUUGAGUCGUGUCGGGAGAGGCUUGGAUACGUCAUCGUCACACGUCAUACCAGAGCCACAGAACAAAGCUAUAGUAAAUCCAGAUUUUUAGACAGACAACUUGGUGUGUUGGAUUGUUAUUUCACCUCGAGCUUUUUUUUCAUAGUAGGGACAUUAGGGGUUAAAUGAGUUUGGCACGGUUUGCUUUUCUGAAUGACACUGAGGAUAAACAUGUGUUUAGACCAACCAUACCUCUUUAUUCCAUAUAAUUAACUGAAUUUCAUCAGAGGUUCAUAUUUAAUACACAAGAGUUAAAACUACGGUAACUAUCCUUGUUCAUUUACACAUUUUUAACACAAUAAUCUCUCCAAACUACAUUAGAUAAAUAUGCAAUGAGCACUUUCUGUUACAAAGCAUCCAAAAGAAAAGCCACAAUCUGUAAAGGCCCAGCUGCAGACGCCAUGCUGGACUCAGUCUGCACAGACCUGACGCCUCGCUGCUGCUCACUGGUUCAAGUUUUCAAUUCAUUGAACUAAACACUGCAUGCCCAAAUUACACCUAAUUUAACACAGCAUUUACUAUGUUUAUAUAUUUCAGGCUUAGGUGCUUUAAAUGCUGUAAUGUUCUCAUCCGACAAGGUGCAACAUUAUAUACAUGAAUAUUGUUCAUAUUGUUCAAGUGACUUACACUUUUCCGUUCUUAUGCUUAUAUGUUGUUGGGUUGUCAUUUGUGGGGCCUGAGAUAUCUUUAUUUGAACCUAUUUCUAGAGCUUGUAAGUGCCCGUCGUGUGGGUGUAAACGUCAGAUGGAGGAGGUCACCUGUGGGUUGCUCAUCAUCUUAAACCAGCGGUGCCUUCAGUGCGAUUACGGGAGCCAUUGAAAAGCCAAGUGGAUGCCAGAGUCCCAGCAGCAUAAGAUCAAUACCUGCUAGCAGUAGUAGAAGAAAACCCCUAAAGACCCAACAGGGAGGACUUCAAGUCAGACGCGCUACAACGUACUCAGACAUUCCGACCGUAGGGCAGCGACGCCAUAACCUACUCAACCCUCCAACAAGGACAUUAUUUUGCAUUAGGUUUUGCAAACUCAAACCGAUAGAGAAAGUUUGAGCUGUAUUAUUAUUAUUAUCUCACAUUUAGCACACUGCCUGGACCUUUUGCAGAUAAAUCAUCGUGUUUAUGCUGCAUGCCUUCUUUUUGUUAAUCUGGCCACAAUAAGGUGUGCUGUGUAGACUUAUAAAAGUUGUGCCCAUGCUCAGUCUUUUAAAUUAGUUUUGUUCACUACGGAUGACAACCCCCAGCAGCUCAGCUUUCUCUGAGAUUGUUACUUUUAGUGAGGGAGAGAGCGAUCCGUUGGAUGAAAGAGAGGAUGUUGAUGAUGGUGAAGUAAGCUCAGAUGGGGACUGGAAUCCAACGGAGGAUUUUCUAUUGGCCCAAGAGCUCACAAAGGAGUCCGACGAGGACACAAUAGAUGGAGGCGAAGAGGAGGAAGAUUUUGAUUCCCCUGGAGAGGCUCAAAGUUACCGAGCUGUGCACCGAGUGAGGGAGAUUUUUUUUUUUUUUUCAUUUUUCUGAAGCGUCACACAUGCGAGCACAAAAUAAAUCAAAUAAGAAAGGCACGGAAUUUGAGAUCGAGUGCUAAGAGGAGUUGGUUAUGUUACGGUCAUGACUCGAUGAUGCCUAUAUUCAGAUGGACUCAUCCUCGUGGCAUGUUCAAGGACCUCUGAGUUCUCCUCAAUGAACCACUGAGGCGUGCUUUGGCAAUGGGCCCCCAUGCAAUGUUGGAAAACAAGCGUAAAGGGAAGUAAAA